ACCCGGGGACCUGCAUGGACGGGCAUGGGGAGAGCAGCGCCUUCCUGCGCCGCCGAGGCUGAGUGGCCACGCCGCCUGCCGUCCGCCGCCCUCGGUCUCAUCGCCGCACUGGGGCUGCUGCUGGGCACAGCUGACUGCCAGCUUCAAACACCUUGUCGAAUCCAGAAGUGCACCACAGACUUCGUGUCCUUAACUUCACAUCUAAACUCUGCUCUUGAUGGCUUUGAUUUGGAGUUUUGCAAGGCCCUGCGGGCAUAUGCUGCUUGUACCUAUCGCAAUUCCAAAGUAUGCCGUGGAAAUCUAGUCUACCAUUCUGCAGUGCUUGGAAUCAGCGACCUCAUGGGCCAGAGAAAUUGUUCCAAGGAUGGACCCGCAUCCUCUACCAACCCUGAAGUGACCCAUGAUCCCUGCAAUUACAGUGGCCACGCAGGAGCCAGAGAACAUCGGGGAGAGGAACAGGCUUCUCCUCCUACUUACCUAUUUUGUGGCUUGUUUGGUGAUCCUCAUCUGAGAACUUUUAAGGAUCACUUCCAGACAUGCAAAGUGGAAGGUGCUUGGCCUCUCAUAGACAAUAACUACUUAUCAGUGCAAGUGACGAAUGUGCCUGUGGUCCCAGGAUCCAGUGCUACUGCUACAAAUAAGAUAACUAUUAUCUUUAAAUCAUACCAAGACUGUACAGAUCAGAAAGUAUAUCAAGCAGUGACUGAUGACUUACCUGCAGCUUUUGUGGAUGGCACAACAAGUGGAAGCGAUGGGAACACCAAGAGCUUGCGAAUUGUGGAAAAAGUUGGUGGCAAAUAUGUUGAAAUGCAUGCCAGGUACAUCGGAACCACAGUGUAUAUACGCCAACUUGGACACUACUUAACGCUGGCCAUUCGCAUGCCUCAAGAGUUGGCUAUGGCCUACGAGGAGAGUCAGGAUCUGCAGCUGUGUGUGAAUGGUUGCCCUUCAAGUGAACGUAUUGAUGAUAGCGGCCACUUGCCAUUGUCUGUGAUGGGGCAGUUACUCCCCCAGGCAGGUGCUACUCAUCCCUGGUCAGUGUACACACUGGAAACUGCCACCACCAAAUGCCAUGAGAAGAUACUGGUGAAGGACAUCUAUUUUUACUCAUGUGUGUUUGACCUACUCACAACUGGUGAUGUUAACUUCACAGCUGCUGCUCACAGUGCCUUGAAGGAUGUGGAGGCAUUGCACCCCAGAAAAGAGCACUGGCAUAUCUUUCCCAGCAAUGAAAGUGGUGGUGGUGUGGGCAAGGGUAGCAAAUUCUUUGUCAGUCCUGGACUUGUGUGGUUGAUCUUUGCUGUGUUUUUGUGGGGGGGGUGUUGUCUAUAACAAAGUUUUAAAAUAUAUAUUGUCAUAAUAUAUUGAGUAAAGAGGAGUAUAUAUGUAUAUACCGUGUAUAUGAAGGGAUGCUUCAUCUUGGGAUACCCACCAGAUUGUAUAUACUGUGUUACUGUUUUCAUAUAUGUUGGAUGUAGUAUUCUUUGUAUCUAUUUGUUUUGCAGUUGGUGAAAUGUUUUAUAAUGUCCCUGAAUAGAAAGAACUUUAUUUUUAUGUAUUUCAAUAUUUAUGCAUUUAUCUGAGUAAUUAUGCAUUAUACACAUGUACAUAUACCCAGUGCUCCUACUUGACUUAAAAUUUUGUUAAUAUAUUGUUUAUUUUUCUAUCCUUCCUAUUAGUGUAGAGGUCAGCACCUCUCUUCUCCUGUAAUGACAUCAUUGGUAAUUUGUUGGGUUCUCUAGUUAAAACCAUUAAGAAUGGGAUCUUGUUCUGUCCCUUAAGCAAAUGGUCCUCCCUUCUGUGGAGGGAGAGUAUGAAGCACUUCCCAUUAGCACAGAAAACCAUCUUGGAUAAUUCUGCAUCUUCUAAACAUAGCAUUUAUGCUGCAGAGACAUGAAUCACAGAACCUUCUUUAUAAUUCUGACAUUCUAAUUCCAUAGCAUAAGCUUCAGAAGAAGAAAAGCACUUACACCAUCUCUCACAAUGUAUUGGAGUUUCUCCCUAUUUUGUGUGUGGCUGAACUUCCUCAUUGGUGCACUGAAUUUAAAGAUCUCAUGGCUGAAAGCUAGUGGAUAAACCCUAGCAUUGCUGCACUGAUGCUCAUACUUAGUAGACAGGUACCAUUUAUUAGUUAACUUUCUCUGUCCAUGGAUCCCAUGAGUGUGUGUGUCUGUAUAUGUAUACUAGUGUUGAACUGUGAGCCCUUCAAAUAAGUAAUAUUUCAGAAAUGUAGUAUUUCCUCUAAAAAGUUUUCAUUUUCUUGUUUCUGCUGUGGCAUUUCUUGAGAAAAUGUUGUUUGCAUGUGUUCAUUCUUGAAGUCUAGCAUAGCUAAGAGAGCUUGGUUAAUUAAUUGAAGUUAAUGCUAAAUGUGGAUAUUUUGAAGCUCAUGAAUGGUCUCUGAGGAGAACUUGAGCUUAGAGGGAACACUGGUUUUCACAGACACUAGGCAUGGCUGUCUUUUAGAAAGCUGCAGAUUUUAUUUUCAUGCAUAGAAACCCCACAAUGUGUCAGUCCUUGCUAAACCUUUUAGAUGUGGUUCAUGAAUAUACUAGUAAGUAUAUGUUUGUAUAAAAGAGUGACUGUGCAGUGUGUAAAUACUUUUAAAUUAUUCUGAUUAAUAAAAGAAUAAAGUUGCCUACCCCA